CGUUUGACUAGCGCAGCCAUUUCGUGAAAACACCGAGCGGCUUCCACGGUCCUACUUCCUUUCCACGACGUGUAGCACAGACAAGAUGCAGAAGAAACAAAAAGAGCCGAUCCAGUACGUGCAGGUCUUCGGACGCAAGAAACGCGCGACCGCGGUGGCCUACUGCAGACGUGGCCGUGGAAAUCUCCGUGUCAACGGCCGGCCGCUCGAGCUGGUGGAGCCCCGCGUGCUGCAGUACAAGUUGCAAGAACCCAUUCUACUGUUGGGCAAAGAAAAGUUCUCCGGUGUCGAUAUCAGGGUAAGGGUGAACGGCGGUGGUCACGUUGCGCAGAUCUACGCCAUUCGUCAGGCUAUUUCCAAAGCUCUGGUUUCGUACUACCAGAAGUUUGUCGAUGAAGCCAGCAAGAAGGAGGUGAAGGAUAUCCUCAUUCAGUAUGAUCGUACUCUCCUCGUUGCUGAUCCAAGGAGGUGCGAGCCGAAGAAGUUCGGUGGUCCAGGUGCAAGAGCACGAUACCAGAAAUCUUACCGUUAAUAUGCGCGAAUUUCUCAUUACAUUUUAUUCACAUUAUUGAAUAAAAAAAAAUUUUAAACUCA